CCCGAUUCACAUUCUAAUAAACUCUCCCUCACUAGAAUUAUGAAUGAAUGGCUGGCAGAAGUAACCGGACAGUGCCCCGGGGAGGUGUAAGUUCAGCCGGUAACGAAGCAUUUGACGCGUGUCGUAACGGCAACCUUGCUCUCAUCAAGAAACUCAUCAACACUACCAAUGCUAAUCUAAAAGAUAAGAGUGGUAGAAAGUCGAGUCCUCUACACUUUGCUGCCGGUUUUGGCAGGAAGAAUGUUGUUGAGUAUCUGAUUCAAUGUCAUGCUGAUGUCCAGGCUACAGAUGACGGUGGAUUGGUGCCGCUCCACAACGCCUGCUCCUUUGGACACAGUGACGUGGUAUUACUACUGCUGACACACGGUGCGGACCCUAACGCACGCGACAACUGGAGCUACACGCCCCUUCACGAGGCUGCCAUCAAGGGAAAAGUGGACGUCUGCAUCGUGUUACUCCAAAACAAAGCCGACCCGACAAUAAAGAAUACAGAAGGGAGUACUGCGCUGGAUCUUGCUGAACCUAUCUGCAAAUCCGUGCUAAAAGGUGAGUACAAGAAGGACGAGAUGUUGGAAGCAGCAAGGAACGGUAACGAGGAGAAGCUAGCAGCUCUGCUUACCCCCCUCAAUGUGAACUGUCAUGCGGAGGACGGGAGGAAGAGUACCCCUCUACACCUAGCUGCAGGGUAUAACCGCACUAGGAUCGUUCAGCUUCUACUUAAAUACGGGGCUGAUGUUCAGGCUAAGGAUAAGGGAGGAUUAGUUCCGCUACAUAACGCUUGCUCCUAUGGUCACUUUGAGAUGACUGAACUACUGAUACAACACGGCGCUAAUGUGAACGCGUGUGACCUCUGGCAGUUUACUCCCAUACACGAAGCUUGCUGCAAGGGACGGCGGGAAGUGUGCUCACUGCUGCUCAGCUAUGGAGCUGACCCCUACAAGACAAACUGUCACAACAAGUGUCCUCUGGAUGUGUGCCAAACUCCUGAACUUAGAGAUCGCAUUGCCAGAGAACACAAAGGUUACACUUUGUUACAAGUAUGUAACAUGACGGACAUUGCCCUGAUCAAGAAACAUCUGUCACCUGAAACGGUGAUGUUCCAACAACCCUUCACCCUCGACACGCCCCUUCACAUUGCAGCUUCAGCCACUACCAAGAGUAAAAGUGUGGUGGAACUACUGAUAAAGAAGGGAGCUGACGUGAACAUGACGAACAAGGAGGGUGCCACUGCGCUCCACAAGGCCACUGAAACCAAUAACUUGGACGUUAUGAACAUAUUGCUCCGACACGGGGCCAAGGUGAACUGUCAAGACGAAAGUGGACUGACCCCAAUGCAUCGUGCCGCAGCACAAGGAUUCGUGGAAGCAGCGCGCCUGCUACUCUCACAUGGUUCCGAUGUAACGCUACUCUGCAACAACGGCUCACCUUCCACAGAUCUAGCUACAGAGUCGGUUCUAGCAGUGAUCAGAGAAAUGGAGAAACCAGCUGUCAUAUCCGAGAACACGGAGGAGGAACUGAGAAUGUUGGAAGCAGCAAAAACCGGGGACAUUGAAACACUGAAAAGUGUGGGCAACAGAGUGAACUGUAACUGUCAGGACCUGCAAGGGAGACACUCCACUCCCAUACACUUUGCUGCUGGCUACAACAGGGUAGAUGUGGUCGAGCUGCUCCUCAGUUUGGGCGCUAAUGUCCACGCUAAAGAUAAGGGCGGAUUAGUGCCGCUGCACAACGCGUGUUCGUAUGGGCACUUGGAGGUUGUGGAGUUACUCAUCAAGCACGGAGCCAGUGUCAAUGUCAGUGAUCUAUGGAAGUUUACCCCACUACAUGAAGCAGCAGCUAAAGGCAAGUACGAUAUCUGUAAGCUCCUUUUGAAGCACCGAGCAGACCCAAAUAAGAAGAAUAGAGACGGUAAAACUCCAUUAGAUUUGGUAAAGGAAGAGGAUGAGGACAUAUCUGAUUUGUUGCGCGGCGACGAGGCCCUGCUUGAGGCUUCACGUAAGGGAGAGGUUCCCAGAAUCCUGAAAGUAAUCAACACAACAAACGUGAACUGUCGUGAUAACAAUGGUAGAAACUCAAGUCCACUCCAUUUAGCUGCAGGUUACAAUCAGUUAGAAAUAGCGGAGAUAUUGCUGGAGCAUGGUGCUGACGUUAAUUCUCAAGACAAGGGAGGCUUGAUACCGCUACACAACGCGGCUAGCUAUGGUCAUGUCGAGAUAGCGGCGCUCAUGAUAAAGUACAGCGCUAAUGUUAACGCUAUGGACAGAUGGGGCUUCACGCCACUCCACGAAGCAGCACAGAAAGGUCGCACACAACUCUGUUCUCUGCUGAUCCUGCACGGCGCAGACCCCGUGCUACAAAACCAGAACAAUGAGACCCCACUAGAACUGGCUGGAGCAGCUGAUGUGAGGUCGUUACUAAUGGACGCAAUGCCCCCCGCUAUGUUACCUGUAUCAGGGCUCAGCCCCAUUACUCCUCCUCCCCAUAUCGGCGGCAUGUUACCUCUGCACCCUGGACUGGGAGAGGCGUUCAUUGAACCCGUUAACACCAUGGAAAACAUCACCAUUGACGUGUUUUUAGAGAAGAUCAGUAUGCCUCACGUCCUGGAAAUGUUCAGCAAGGAGGAUGUUACUCUAGAUUUAUUAUUAGAAAUGUCACACGAUGAUCUGAAGAACAUAGGAAUAUCAACAUACGGCCAGAGACACAGGAUAUUGAAGGGUAUAAAGGACUACCAAGUAGCGACCGCUAAGGGACCUGUCCCCGGAGACAACCCUUUCCAGGGCUCAUCUCUUAGUUCAGAUUAUCCUGAUCUGGUGGAUCUUCCCAUGACAGAUAAGGAUUACAUAUCAGUGUGCCUUGAAAUGCAGGGCUCUAUUAAGGACCACUCUGAUAGGGGGGCUGCUGGUGGGAUUUACAGAUCUUACAAGAUCAUAUCAAUACAGCGUAUCAUCAACAGCAGAAUUUGGUCCCGUUACUCUUAUAGACGUAGCGAGAUAGCGGCCGCUAAUGGGUGUCCCAACGAGCGCAUGCUGUUUCACGGCUCUCCGUUUAUCAAUGCUAUAGUGUGGAAAGGAUUUGACGAAAGGCACGCCUAUAUUGGUGGUAUGUUUGGUGCAGGACUUUAUUUUGCAGAGCAUUCUAGCAAAAGUAACCAGUACGUGUAUGGCAUUGGGGGUGGGUCCGGUUGUACUUUACACAGAGAUCGCAGCUGCUACGUGUGUCACAGACAAAUGCUAGUGUGCCGUGUUGCAUUGGGUAAGCCCUUCAUGCAGUUUAGCGCCGUGAAGAUGGCUCACGCUCCUCCUGGACAUCAUUCUGUUAUUGGAAAACCGUCCACGGGAGGAUUACACUACCCUGAGUACGUGGUCUACAGAGGCGAACAGGCGUAUCCAGAAUUCCUUGUCAAUUAUCAAAUUAUAAAAUGACUUUUAAUUAAAUCUCGUUUAUUUAUUAUCUUAAUGGGAAAGUAUUUAUUAAAUUUUAUUCUAAAUUUUUAUGGAUUUUCAUUGAAACCUCCAUUUUUCAUCUUCAACCACCGCCUUAAUCUUUUAACCUUGUUCAUAUUUAUCUUAUUGUGAGUAACAGAGGAGAACCAUGGCUUCAUUACUGCAGUCUAUUAUACACAUUAACGAAUUUGUAGCGAACUGUGUUAUGAGUGGACAAAGAACGGAGAGAUAGUUUGUCCGGGGAAAAGUGUUUGAAUUUACGUUUUAUGUAAGGCGCGGCGACAUUUUCAUGAUAAAAUUGGAAAGCUAUGACUAAUUAUGUUUUCACGCGAUGACUAUUUUGCGCAAUUUUAGAUUUCAACAAACUAAUCUAUACUAAAGGAGACUUGCAGAGGACCGCUAAAAGUUGACAGUUGCCAUGGUAAUUCAAGGAUUUCGCUGCCACAAUAACAAAAUUUCAGCUAGAUUGUAGACUUAGUUAAAAAAGGGUUCGUUCUCGGGUUGUUGAUGAUAGCAGUGUUUGUAAAGGGGCAAGGGGUUUGAUCGGAAACAAUAUCUCUUUAAAAAUAUUAUCUACUUUUUUGUAGAUUGACUCAGCUGUAAAAAUGUAUUUCUGGUCAGCUCCUUGCACAUUGUUGGUAAUGAUUAUAACGAUUUAUAUGUGUAUAUACUGUGUUUAAAAUAAAGAUCUUAACUAUGACAA